ACAGUUAGUCCGGUCUGGUCAGCCUGAGCGGAACCCAGCGCGGGGAGGUUAUGAGGAAGUUUGGGCGGUGGUUGAACUGAGCUCAUCAGGCCGUUUGUUCGUCGGGUGUCGGGUAAAAACACAACAGAGCCAACAUGUCAAGCAAACGUGCAAAGGGAAAGACCACCAAGAAGCGCCCUCAGCGCGCAACUUCCAAUGUCUUCGCUAUGUUUGACCAGUCACAGAUCCAGGAGUUUAAGGAGGCCUUUAACAUGAUUGAUCAGAAUCGUGAUGGAUUUGUAGACAAGGAAGAUCUGCACGACAUGCUGGCGUCUCUGGGCAAGAACCCGACAGAUGACUAUUUAGAGGCGAUGAUGACUGAAGCUCCAGGGCCCAUUAACUUCACAAUGUUCCUCACCAUGUUUGGAGAGAAGCUGAACGGCACUGACCCAGAGGAUGUGAUCCGCAACGCCUUUGCCUGCUUUGAUGAGGAAGGCACUGGUUUCAUUCAGGAAGACUACCUGCGAGAGCUUCUGACCACGAUGGGAGACCGAUUUACAGACGAGGAAGUGGAUGAGCUCUUCAGGGAGGCGCCCAUUGACAAAAAGAGCAACUUCAACUAUGUGGAGUUCACACGUAUCCUCAAACAUGGAGCCAAAGACAAGGACGAUUAAACCUAGAAAACCUCCAUGCAUUGCCAGCCCUUCCUCUUAAUCCCCCUUCUCCACUAGUGGAACCUUGUCUAAUGCUUCUGGAGCCCUUCUGAAACGCUGCCAACAACACUGCUGUGUGUUUGCGUGUUCGAGUUAAAGUUACACUCUCUGGGAAAAGGGGACUAGGCCUUCACAGAUCACUGAUUAUGUCGGGAUGAAUUAUAUCUUUUUGUUGAAAUUGUAUCAUACUAAACAGGUCAAGUAAGAGUUAAGCGUCAUGCACGGUUAUGCUGGUGGUGUAUAUGUGUAUGUGUGGUUGGCUUCAACCCCAUUCACUCUGAACUCACGUUGGUUGUUGGGUAGGUUGUACCUGGGGAAAUGGUGAAGGUUUUUUUUGUGCAUGAUUAAUCAAGAGGUUUGGAUUAUAUUUAGUUUCUAGAUUUUGUUCCCUGUAUUGAGUGUACCUUUAAUUUGACCUGACAGACACACAUGCACUUACCAGUUUCAGACCUCUAAAAGCUCCAGUUUCUCAGUGCUUAAAACUGUUUAAAUGUGAAGCAGUCUGUGAGAUGCUACGAGCACCUUUGCUGUCAUGGUCUGAUCUAGCGGAAUUUUUACAUUUUAUAAUAAAUAUGAACUUUUUGAAUAAAUUACUCAAACCCUU